AUGGCAACCCAGCAGGGACUGUCGCGCCGUAACGGCGUGAUUGGGUUCGAAAUGACGGGUGUCCCCACCCCCGCCAUCCCCUUGAUCUCACCACCAUACAAGGGACCGAUUGGGGUCAAGAUGACGGGUGCCCCCACUCCCGCCAUCCCCCUAAUCUCGCCGCCAUAUAAGGGACCGAUUGGGUUCCGGAUGAUGCCCGGGCCCUCUUCCAGUUCCCUCAAAGACCAGGGUCCCCCGCACGGGAUCGCCCCCCUGGUGGGCCCCGACACAGCCCAUUCUUCCCCCUUUGGUGUCCGUUCUAGUCCGACACAGCGCGAAGUCAACGCCCUGAAUGCAAGACUUGCGGAUGCCGAGGAUAUCAUUUCUCGCCAGGAGAGCCAGCUGAACAACGCCAGGUCCCAGGCGUCGGCUCUGCGAUCCGAAAUGGCGACACAUCGAGCUACUCGUUUCGUCGAUCAAGCGCAUAUGGAUGCCUUGAUCAACCGGUCUUGCAACGACCGGGCUCGCGACAUCGACCGCCAAUUCCAGAUCGUGGAUAACCGAUUGGACCAGGUUGCUGAAGAGCUUGAGCGCGCUGAAGGAAACGAAGCCGCGCUUCAAGGACUUCAGUACACCAUUCAAAAGGACCGUCGCGACGUCCAGGAUCUGCGACAGAUAGUCGCAGCCAGCGAGUACAACCUGCAACGCCAAAAACGCCUUGCGGGUGCGGAGGACCGAAUGAAAGGCCUCAUCAAGAGUAUGGACAUGAUGCUUGCCGCGGCAAUGCAAGCCACGAGGGACAGCCAGGUGCGGACUCGCGAUGCUCCGAUUGCUGAGUCCUCCACCCACCCUGUGGGCAUUGCUCGCCGCCACGUCGUGGGAAGCCAGGAACCAGGCUCUCACGGGCAUGUAUUUGACCAUCAACCCCGGCAACUCGGCACGGGAAAGGAACAUGACCCGGGACCGCUCCUCCCUGGGGAUCUUAACUUCGACGGUGACAUUGGCUCCGUCUCCGACCUUGAUGAUGGUGACUGCCCCAUGAGAGCUCGAUCGGAGAGUCCCAGCGUGCUUUCCAACGUUAUGUCAUUGAAUAGUCGCAGAUCAUCACUGGCCGAGUCACCCAUGGAUGUCAGCACUGAGGCCACCGAACAAGACCUUACCGCCCGCAUGUUGCAGGCAGAUGAGUCGCAGGCGAGCGACCGAAAUGCAGUGGUGCAAGGAGCACCAUGUACGACCCUUACCAUAACUCCCCAGCAAGUGGAGAUUAACGACAUGAUGGAAACCGAAAACCAGCUCUUUUACUCCGAACCUGCAAAGUUGAACGACGAGCGCUUUGACGGUUUCAUGGAAUGGGAGCCAACACUGAUGAUCACACUCUACGAUGAAGAUGAACCGGCGGCUCGGAGCCAGUCAUCCAGUGGUCACACCCGGCCCAUUCCUGUGUUCCCCGGCGAUGCCAACUACGAUGUCUUGAUGGUUGCAGGCCAGGUACCUAGCUCCGUGAUCCCCCCGUCCGAUUCUGUCCACGACGAUGCCGCUCUUGAACCCUGGCAGCGAGUGAGUCGCACCGUUAUGGAGGCCAAGCUGCCGAGAGUCCGAGGCCGCGCUCGCGUGUUCAAACGACAUGACCGUCCGAAAGGGAGUCGUGUUCAGUAUAUGCACCGGAGGGUCAACCUCCCUUCACGAAAGCGGAAAGCUGGCAUGAGCGAGGACGAACCAGACCGCAAGAAGCGGAUCACGAAAGAGCUGGUGGAAGGCAAUGGGUCGCUUUUCCUUCCCCUUUCCGCGAUUUACGUGAUGAACACAGUUCCGAAAGUGUCAGAUGUGAGUGUGCCAGCUGUUUCGCAGCCAACUCAGACUGCUUUGGAGUCCACUGAGUCUGUUAAAACCGAGCAGGUGUCUACGCAGGCGGUCAUGGGCGAGCCAGCUGUUUCUCAGCCAACUCAGAGUGUUCUGGAGUACACCGAGACUGUCUCAACCGAGCAGGUGCGCCCGGAGGCAGCUAUGAGUGCGCCGGCUGUUCCCCAGCCGACUCAAGCUGUUUCGGGGGGAAAUGAGACCCUCGAGACCGUGCAGGUGUCCACCGAGGCAGUUAUGAGUGAGUCAGCUGUUUCAGAGCCGACUCAAGCUGCGUUGGAGUCCACUCUGCCCGAGUCCAGUGUGCUUCAGUACACUACGCUCGCGUCGACCGUGUCCAUUGCGUCUGAUGAAGUUGCGGGUGCGCCUGCUCCUAGUGAGCCAGCCCCAACUAAGUCAGCCCAGACUGAGCCGUCGUCAACUGAGGAAAUUCAGAGUGUGCCUGCUGUCACUAAGCCGACUCUGAAUGAAUCAGGCCGUGUUGUUCCGUGCCUGCGGAAUGCUCGCUCGCGGUUGUAUGCGAUGCGCGCGGCAAGGGCUCAAGCUCCUGGUAACAUCAUGUCUACACCUAAGGGGUUGCAGGUCACAGCAACCUCUCGGAUCAGAUCCACCUCUUCCCGGGUCGCCAGUCCCGAAGACGCUUCGGCAAAGAAUGCCGUUGCAACAGGGACAGAUUCCCGUGCGGGGGUUUCGAAAGGCACUAAGAGGGUUGAGGACGCCGAAAACCCGACUGGCAGCGCUCAACAGACCGCAGGAGACCUGCGGGAGGAAAUGGGCGGAGAAGAGGCAGCGGCUUCUGGUCUUCAAAUGCCAGGAGCUUGGCCUUCCGACCCACCCGCCGUCACUGCGUCUGGCGAGUUAGACAUGCAUGAGGGAUCGGCUUUGCAGCGGGGGUUAUGGACAGGAACUCGUUGGCUCUCCUUUGGUGUAUUCGCUACGGUGAUGGUGAUUCUGCUGUCGUUCCCCCUGUGGAUAGGUCACCUUGGACCCCUGGUUUACGCCUUGGAGGGUCCCGAACAGUUCCUGGAGGAACUGCGCUGGGAGCACGGGUAUGAUGUUCCAUUCUUGGAGCGGAUUAUCUAUGUCUUCCUCCGUUGUUUUGUCGGAGAUCGGACAUUGUUCGGUUAA